AUGCAUAAUAACAAGAUAGAUUUGGCAAAGGAUAUCAAAGAUCAACACCUGAGUACUAAUUUGAUGGUAGGCCCUAGUUGCAGUAAGGUGGAAUUUGCUGAUGCGCGAGAGACAUUGUCAGAUGUAGUAGAAGAACUCAUUAUUGGGAGGACAGAAGAGAAAUGGAAAAUAAUUGCUUCUUUACUUGAGGGUAUUUCUGAAAAGAUCAUCAUCCUUCCUAUAUGUGGUAUUGGAGGCAUUGGAAAGACAACUUUUGCUAGAUUGAUUUACAACGAUCCAGAAUUCAAAUGUUAUUCUCAGGUAUGGGUCAAUGUUCAAUUGGACUUGAAUAAAAUUCGUGAGUCAAUCAUUUCACAGCUAUCUAGAAAAGAAUGCCAGGCUAUUGAAAGGCAGAUAAUAUGUAGUUGCCUCAUGAAGCUACUUUCUGGUAAGAGGAUUAUGAUUGUUUUAGAUGACCUGUGGGAGGAGGAUCAAUUUCACCUGCAGGAGUUGAAGGAUAUGCUAUACCAUGCUGAUAGCAACAUAAUUACUUUAGUAACAACACGCAGUGAACGUGUUGCCGGAAGAAUCUGUACUAACCUUCAACCAUACAAGAUAUUACCCUUGACAAAUGACAUGUGCUGGGAUAUAAUAAAACAAAGAAGUGCGUUUGAAGCUAGAGAUGACAAAAAACCGUUGACGGAUAUUGGAAGGGAGAUUGCCCAGAAGUGUGGGGGUGUGGCUUUAGCAGCUCAAUCGCUUGGCUUCACUUUGCGGUCCAAGAAUUUUGAUCAAUGGAUGAAAGUGAAAGACAGUGAUAUCUGGAAUGAAGCUGUUUCAAAUGAUGCAUCUUUGCCAAAUCAUGUUCUUGCAUCUUUGAAGUUAAGUUAUAGUCAUAUGGAUUCAAGCUUGCAGCCAUGCUUCACCUACUGUGCAAUCUUUCCAAAAGGUCACAAGAUAGUUAAACAUGAUUUAAUAUAUCAAUGGAUUUCUUUGGAUUUCAUCAAGCCAUCAAAAAUACUCUCCAAUUUGUAG